AUAUUACUUUCUGCGAUUAGUGUGUGUAUGCUUUGGUACGAUUUUGUGUCAUUUGGUUCUUGUACUGUUUAGCGUAACUUGCGUUGUAAAUACAUUCUUGUAAAUUAUUUCAUCGCAUAUUUCUAAUUAUGCAAAUCUUUGUCAAAACACUCACGGGUAAAACCAUCACCCUGGAGGUAGAAGCCUCCGAUACAAUAGAAAAUGUAAAGACAAAGAUUCAAGAGAAAGAAGGAAUUCCACCAGACCAACAACGGUUAAUCUUUGCUGGCAAACAAUUGGAAGAUGGGAGAACCCUCUCAGACUACAACAUCCAGAAAGAAUCCACACUUCACCUGGUGUUGCGACUUCGCGGUGGAAUGCAAAUCUUUGUGAAAACUCUCACAGGAAAAACCAUUACCUUGGAGGUUGAAGCUUCAGACACAAUAGAAAAUGUAAAGGCCAAGAUACAAGAUAAAGAAAACAUUCCUCCCGAUCAGCAGCGACUAAUCUUUGCUGGCAAGCAAUUGGAGGAUGGGAGGACACUCUCAGAUUACAACAUCCAGAAAGAAUCAACACUUCACUUGGUAUUGCGACUUCGCGGAGGAAUGCAAAUCUUUGUAAAAACCCUCACAGGAAAAACCAUUACCUUGGAGGUUGAAGCUUCAGACACAAUAGAGAACGUAAAGGCCAAGAUACAAGAUAAAGAAGGCAUUCCACCCGACCAGCAACGAUUAAUCUUUGCUGGCAAGCAACUGGAGGAUGGAAGGACACUCUCAGAUUACAACAUCCAGAAAGAAUCAACUCUUCACUUGGUAUUGCGACUUCGCGGAGGAAUGCAAAUCUUUGUGAAAACUCUCACAGGAAAAACCAUUACCUUGGAGGUUGAAGCUUCAGACACAAUAGAAAAUGUAAAGGCCAAGAUACAAGAUAAAGAAAACAUUCCUCCCGAUCAGCAGCGACUAAUCUUUGCUGGCAAGCAAUUGGAGGAUGGGAGGACACUCUCAGAUUACAACAUCCAGAAAGAAUCAACACUUCACUUGGUGUUGCGACUUCGCGGAGGAAUGCAAAUCUUUGUGAAAACUCUCACAGGAAAAACCAUUACCUUGGAGGUUGAAGCUUCAGACACAAUAGAGAACGUAAAGGCCAAGAUACAAGAUAAAGAAGGCAUUCCACCCGACCAGCAACGAUUAAUCUUUGCUGGCAAGCAACUGGAGGAUGGAAGGACACUCUCAGAUUACAACAUUCAGAAAGAAUCAACUCUUCACUUGGUAUUGCGACUUCGCGGAGGAAUGCAAAUCUUUGUGAAAACUCUCACAGGAAAAACCAUUACCCUGGAGGUUGAGACUUCGGAUACCAUAGAGAAUGUAAAGGCCAAGAUACAAGAUAAAGAAGGCAUUCCUCCCGAUCAGCAGCGAUUAAUCUUUGCUGGCAAACAAUUGGAGGAUGGGAGAACUCUCUCAGAUUACAACAUCCAAAAAGAAUCCACACUUCACUUGGUAUUGCGUCUUCGCGGUGGAAUGCAAAUCUUUGUGAAAACUCUCACAGGUAAAACCAUUACCUUGGAGGUUGAAACUUCGGACACCGUAGAAAACGUAAAGGCCAAAAUUCAAUAUAAAGAAGGCAUUCCUCCCGAUCAGCAGCGAUUAAUCUUUGCUGGCAAGCAAUUGGAGGAUGGGAGGACACUCUCAGAUUACAAUAUCCAGAAAGAAUCCACACUUCACCUGGUGUUGCGACUUCGCGGUGGAAUGCAAAUCUUUGUGAAAACGCUCACAGGAAAAACUAUUACGUUGGAGGUUGAGUAUUCGGACACGAUAGAAAACGUGAAGGCCAAGAUACAUGAUAAAGAAGGCAUUCCUCCCGAUCAGCAGCGAUUAAUCUUUGCUGGCAAGCAAUUGGAGGAUGGAAGGACUCUCUCAGAUUAUAAGAUCCAGAAAGAAUGCACACUUCACCUUGUCUUACGACUUCGUGGUGGGAUGCAAAUAUUUGUGAAAACUCUCACUGGAAAAACCAUCACCUUGGAGGUUGAGGCUUCAGACACGAUAGAAAACGUAAAAGCCAAAAUUCAAGAUAAAGAGGGCAUUCCUCCCGAUCAGCAGCGAUUAAUCUUUGCUGGUAAGCAACUGGAAGAUGGGAGGACUCUUUCAGAUUACAAGAUUCAGAAAGAAUGCACGCUUCACCUGGUCUUACGACUUCGUGGUGGGAUGCAGAUCUUUGUGAAAACUCUCACGGGUAAAACCAUUACGUUGGAGGUUGAGGCUGCAGACACAAUAGAAAACGUAAAGGCCAAGAUUCAAGAUAAAGAAGGCAUUCCUCCCGAUCAGCAGCGUUUAAUCUUUGCUGGCAAGCAAUUGGAGGAUGGGAGGACACUCUCAGACUAUAAUAUUCAAAAAGAGUCUACGUUGCAUUUAGUACUGCGCCUCCGUGGCGGUGUUAAAAGUUCGGUGUCAUCAAUGGACGGACAUUUCGUGUUGAUUAAUUGGGAAAUUAAUUUGUCUUGCAAACAGAACAAGGAUAAUAAAUAUUUGGAGGAGAGAUAUUUAGUUUCCAGUUAAUGAGCUCGGAAGAAUUUAUACAUUCAAAAUGAUUGACGGGUGCAAUGUCUCCAUCAGGAAUGACUCAUAAAAUUGAUAGUAUUGAUAGUGUCAUUAUAUUUCUUUAUUUUCGUAUAUGUGUACUGUUUAGUACUAGUUGCUAUCGUCGUAUACUUCUUUAUUGGUAUACAUAUAGUAACAAGAAGAGUGUAUAGUGUAUUGGUCCAGUUAUAUAUAAGGACUGAUUAAUGUAAUACACUUCUCUUCAUUAAAAUUAUUCAGACGUACAA